AUGAAUGAUUCGUUUGCGCACACGAAUAGUUAUCGUCCGGCACCGGAACUAGUCGUGUGCUGCUCUCGAAUAAUCAUUUUACGAUCUCCUCUGUCGGGAGCGGAUGCUCAAUCAAAACCCUUAGACACAGAGAGGAGAUCCUGCUACCGUGAGUCACCAAACAAAAGGCCGCUUAAUAGACGUCAAAGGAUUACGACAUGUCUGCGGCACAAUGCAUUGACUAUUCUUACUAUUUCUGGUGUGGUCGGUGGUAUCGCGAUGGGACUGAUACUGAGAAAUGCACGCAGUGGUUGGACCGAGCGUGAAAUAAUGUAUGUCAACUAUGUAGGUGAACUGUUUCUCAGAAUGCUCAAGAGUUUGAUUCUACCGCUUAUUAUUGCCAGCUUGGUAUCUGCUAUCGGUUCAUUAGAUUUAUCACUCAGUGGUAAAAUCGGAGCACGCGCCAUCACCUAUUACAUGAUAACCACUGUUAGCGCUGUUAUACUCGGUAUUAUACUGGUAAUCACUAUACAGCCAGGGAAGUAUGGUAAAAGUGAUAAUUCAUCAGAAGAUAAUGGCGUUGGUCCUCGAAAUGUUUCUACUGUUGAUACAUUGAUGGAUUUGGUCAGAAAUAUGUUCCCGCCUAAUUUAGUUCAAGCUUGUAUUUCUCAGUACCGCACUGUACUUACAAGACAACCGAAUAAUCCAUCUGGCGAUAUAAAUACAUGGAAAAUAGGAAGUGAAGAUUCUUCAGGAAUGAAUAUAUUAGGUCUGGUAGUGUUUGCAACCGUUCUCGGCAUAACUUUGGGUAAAAUGGGGCCUGACGGAAAGCCGCUGCUGAACUUUUUCGAAGCAUUGUCCUCAGCAAUGAUGAUAAUAACAAACUGGGUAAUCUGGCUGUCUCCAGUUGGUGUACUUUUUCUCGUCUCUUCAAAAGUAUUGGAGAUGAAAUCAUUCGAUGUAAUAUUAGGUCAACUGGGAAUGUAUUUUUUAACAGUAAUAGUAGGACUUGUUAUCCACGGUUUUAUUGUUUUACCUACAAUAUUCUUUAUAAUAACAAGAAAAAACCCAAUAAGAUAUAUUUCUAACAUGGCACAAGCUGUUGCUACGGCGUUCGGUACGUCUUCAAGUUCAGCGACUCUCCCAGUUGCUAUCGGCUGCUUAGAAGAGCGGAAUGGUAUUGACCCUCGAGUAUCACGUUUUGUGAUGCCUAUCGGUGCAACUAUCAACAUGGACGGUACAGCUUUGUAUGAAGCUGUUGCAGCUAUUUUCAUUGCACAAGUUCGUGAAAUUUCAUUGACUUUUGGACAGCUUGCUGCCAUCAGUAUUACUGCAACUGCUGCGAGUAUUGGAGCGGCUGGAAUACCCCAAGCGGGUCUAGUUACUAUGGUAAUGGUGCUCGAUACCGUAGGACUUCCAGCUAAAGACGUUACUUUAAUUAUAGCAAUUGACUGGCUACUGGACCGUUUCAGAACAUCAGUAAACGUUAUUGGUGAUUCAUUGGGCGCAGGAAUAGUUAAUUUUCUUAGUAGAGAUGAGCUAGAAGCAUUGCCACAUCAUGUACAAGCGAAAAAUGGUGCUGAUAAUAACACAACGUCGAUAUGA